UCCGUUCAUCCACAGACCAAGCGUAGCUGGUUAGCAGACAACAUAAACAUUGGAACAUCUUUGGACGGAUUCGGUCAUUUAAACGUUUUAAUCCGUUGUUUUUUUUAACCGACUUUUAUUGCAUAACAAGUGGAACAUGCGGUAGCUUAGCGGAGCGUGUCGAACUCGGUCAUGUUUGUGUGGCUGUGGGAUUCGCCGAGGCCUUGAAGUUGUCCUGCUAACAAAUGCCCAUGAUUCAGCUGGAGAAACCAGUCCUGACUGGUACCAUGCCAGUGGUAUGGCCGACCAUCCUUGACCUGGGCAGGGAUGAGUGCAAAAGAAUUCUGCGUAAACUGGAGCUGGAGGCUUAUGCUGGGGUUAUAAGCGCGUUGAGAGCUCAAGGAGACCUGACAAAGGACAAGAAGGACCUCUUGGCUGAACUCACAAAAAUCCUUGGUAUCUCAACUGAGCGCCAUCGCGCUGAAGUCCGCAGGGCUGUCAACGAUGAACGCCUCACCACCAUCGCAUAUCACAUGUCCGGCCCCAACAGCUCGUCGGAAUGGUCCAUCGAAGGACGACGGCUUGUUCCUCUGCUGCCGAGGCUUGUCCCUCAGACAGCUUUUACUGUCACCGCUAACGCUGUGGCCAGUGCCACAGCCAAUCAGAACGCAUCCCUUCCUCUGCCGGCCGAGACGGGAAACAAAGAAGUGGUUGUGUGUUACUCCUACACAAGCACCACGUGCACCUCCACCAGCGCGACAUCGACCACCGGUGCUGUGGGAGCCACGGUGAAAUCCCCGCGACCGCCCAGUCCCUCAUCUAACGUGGUGGUGCUGCCCAGUGGGAGCACCGUCUAUGUGAAGAGUGUGAGUUGCUCAGACGAAGACGAGAAGCCUCGCAAGCGCAGGCGGACCAGCUCGUCCAGCUCGUCGCCGGUGAUGCUGAAGGAGGUGACCAAAGUUCCCCCACCGGUAUCCAAGAGCAUCGCGGUGCCGGUGAGCGGCAGCCCCAAGAUGAGCAACAUAAUGCAGAGCAUCGCUAACUCCCUGCCGCCUCACCUGUCGCCCGUCAAGAUCACCUUCACCAAGCCCACUAUCCAGACCACCAACACCACCACGCAGAAGGUGAUCAUCGUGACGACUUCGCCGAGCUCAAACUUCGUGCCCAACAUCCUGUCCAAGUCCCACGCCCACAACCAUGCCGCCUUGGCCAAGAUGGGCUCCUCUUCCAUGCUAACCGCGCCCACUCAUAAGCAGACUGUGGUGUUCCCUGCCAGCUCCAGCCCAUCCACUAUACCCAACACCGUCGCCGUGACGUCAAUGGUCUCCUCGUCUCCCUCAGUCGUCAUGUCAACUGUUGCAUCGUUGUUCGCUGUUGCAGGUGCUGCGUCAGCUGCCAUGAAAGUCUCUUCAGCCAGGCUCCCCUCUCCGAAGACGAUGGCGGGUUCACCCACUCAGAUCCUGGCCCAGUUCCCCAAACAGCAGUCGCCCAAACAGCUGCAGCAGGGCUCGCCUUUAGGAGGCCACGGUGUCGGUCAGGCUCAGACAGCCACCACCUCACCUGGAGCCAAACCCACCAUUCAGAUCAAACAAGAGUCUGGAGUGAAGAUCAUCACUCAGCAGGUUCAGCCCAGCAAAAUCCUGCCCAAGCCUUCAUCGGUGGCUCUGUCCAGCAGCAGCUCCUCUCCCAUCAUGGUCGUCAGUAGCAACGGAGCCAUCAUGACCACGAAGCUGGUCACUCAGCCCACAGCUUCUCAGGCCACCUACACCAGACCAACAGUCAGCCCCAACAUCGGAGCAAGAAUAUCAGCCACCAGUGGAGGGACCACGUACGUGAAGACGACCAGCGGCAGCAUCAUCACCGUCGUUCCCAAGUCACUGGCCUCUCUGGGCGGGAAAAUCAUCAGCAGCAACAUCGUGUCUGGAACCACGACGAAGAUCACGACCAUCCCCAUGACCUCCAAGCCGAACGUCAUCGUGGUUCAGAAAACAACGGGAAAAGGAGCGACCAUUCAAGGACUGCCCGGCAAGAACGUGGUCACCACACUUUUGAAUGCUGGGUAUGUUGCUGUUCCUCAGGGUGAGAAGAGCCUACAGGCUGUUCAGGGCACCAAACCCGCCAUCAUCACCGCCUCCAGACCCAUCACCAAGAUGAUCGUCACCCAGCCCAAAGGCCUCAGCGCCGGAUCCCAGUCCACUGCCACCAAGAUCAUCCCCACCAAGAUCGUCUACGGUCAGCAGGGCAAGACGCAGGUUCUCAUCAAGCCAAAGCCAGUGUUCCAGACGGCGGUGAUGAGUGAACAGACGAGGCAGCUGGUGACAGAGACGCUGCAGCAGGUGACCCGCUCUGCUGAUGUGGGUCAGGCGUCGAGCUCGGACGGGGCCGCGAAGGACGAAGUCGCCGCCUUCACAGAAGCGAGCAGCUUAGCGAGUGAGGCUUCACAAGAAGUGCAGCCCGUCGUGCACGUGUUGUCCACCAGGGAGCAGGAUUGGACCGAGCAGGAAGUGUCCGUGGAGUCGAGUCCCACUAUCAUCUAUCAGGAGGUUUCUGCCGGGGAAUCCCAGUCUGCCGCUUCCACCAUCAAAGCCCUGCUGGAGCUGCAGCAGCAGACGACCGUUAAGGAGAAGGCCGAGUCCAAACCAAGGCAGCACACGAUCGACCUGAGCCAACUGGCCGUGCCCAUCCAGCUGUCGCAGGAGAAGAAGACCAGCCCGGAGUCUCCCAGACCGUCCACCUCAGAGGCCGAACCCAGCAGCGAGUUCAUCACAGCAGGUAAAGUCAGCAGAGUGGGCGUGUCCUUGGAGGGCGGCGACUUUAAAGCGGCGGCGGCGGCCGUCGUCGUCGUCUCGUCCGCAGCUGCGGUUUCACACAGUCACAGCCAUGUGGCGUCUGACAGUCACAGUAAACCUGUGGUCGAGGUCAGCGAGCUGGAAGGCGACACCUUAGACCCUCAGACAGGUUUGUUCUACCGCUCCACACAACCAGCCACAGAGUCCGUGAAGCAAACCACCCUCUCUGCAGGCACUCAGCCGCCACCGCCACCACCACCGCCUCCUCCGAGCCAGUCUGAGGCCGAGCCGAGCCGUCACACCUCCACCACCACACAGGCAACACCUCCACCUCCACAACCGCCGCCACCUCCACCUCAACUUCAAAGCAAACCUCAGCUGAGUCAGCCGUCCUCUUCCUCCGCCGCCUUCCCUUCCACUCCUCCUCUGACCAAGAAACUCCCUAAACUACGUGAGCAGAGUCAGCCCAAACCGCAGACUUUAACUCCGGUUCCCAAAGACAGACCCGUGACUGCGCCGGCCCAGCCGGGGGCAAAGGUCAUCACCGCGGCAACGCCGCCCAAGCACCUGGUGACGCCACAGCUCCCGAAGCUCCAGCAGGCGCCCACGUCCCACCACCGACCACUGCACACACCCAUGUCCCACCCUCCUCCUCUGCAGGCGCAUCACCCUGUCAGUACUGACAAGACCACACCGGGCCAGCAACCAAUCAUCACACAGAGUGCAACUGUCACCAAGAUCACGUUCGGCAGCUCCCACCAUUCAUCGCCCGUCUACAGCAGCGGCGAGGCCACAGCCAAGCUGGUCCCCGAGUCCAGCUCUGGACACUCGGGAGACAAACCCUCAGUGUCGGACAUCCUGAAGAUCUCCAUGAUGGAGGCGGAGAUCGACCCCAGCACAGAGCCCAUGGUGGUGGAUUCCUCCAGCGACUGCGGCCCCCUGGGUAAAUCCCUGGACGCCCAGGCGGUGUCCGGCACUCUGGACUCUGGUCAGUUCAUCAGCAGCUCCGGAGCAUCCAUGCAUCACUCCCACGCCAAACCACAGCAGUUCAGCUGCAUGCAGGGCCUCGCCACUCAGAGCAGCAAAGACGACAUCGAGGUGAUUGAGGUGAUUCCUCAGUACUCCAUCCUGCCGGACUCCAGCCAGUCCAACGUGGUGGUGGAGCCCAGCGGCUUCCUGGAGAUCACCAACUACACCAGCCAGCAGCUGGAGGAGGACAGUCCCAUGGAGCAGGAGGUGGACAGCAGCAACGACGAGGCCACGGCCGCCAGCCCGCCCGACCAGCCGUGAGCCUCUGACGCAGGUUCUAGCAGACGUUACGUACGACAAGGGGCUGUCACAACCUCGACCUCCGAAAGCAAAGGUGAAAAACACAGUGUUGUGGUCGUAGCCGUUGUAGCGCGACCAACCACGUUCAAUGUUGUCGACAAGAAAACCAAGGUGUGUAAUCUAUGUUAUGAGCUUGUAGCAAAGCACAGGACGUAGACCUAACAACAGAAACAACUCCCCUGUCCUCAUUUGGAGCAAAAUUUAAAACAUUUUCAACUAAA